GUGCCUGAAACUGAAGGUGAAGGUCGAUUGAAGUGGAGAAGAGGAAAAACAACUUCUAAAGACAGGCGUUCGAAAAAAAAAACUGUCCCGAUGAGAUGGGGUGCUGUUUCAGCAGCGACGAGGAAAAGGAUUAUUUGAAUUCUGAUGCUAAUGAAACUUCUAGACUUUUAGGAGAUCCAGUCAGUAACAAUUCAACUCCACAAACACAGAUUGGUGAUGGCUAUAACUCGAUUGCUCCCCAGCAGUCACAGAAAGGAGAUGAACAGUCAGCACUCGAAAGAAUACUCCACAACACUGCCAGAAAUGUAAUAGAUGUUGGUGCUAUUGAUGGACAGACCGUAGAAAACCAGGAAUACCAUGACCGAUCACAGCAAUACAGUGGUCGACUGAAUAUGAAGUUGGGUACAUCAGGCAGAGGUCGAAGCUAUAGGAUGCUGUCAAACUGUACAGCAACACCACAAGUAACACUCUCUCAACCUCCUGUUUCCAUUGGUGACGUACAAUUGAUUACAAGUGUAGCAGAAAGACUAAGUAAAGCAGUGAAGGAAGUAAAAGUGGAGCACAAGGAGGACCUGGUGGUACCAUUCGGAGUUCCCUGAUACCACAUCAACACUAAUAGUCUGUGUUAUUAAUUUUAAUGGGAACUAUUUCAGAAAAAAAAUCUAUCGGACCCCAGACUCUCAGAUUUGUUAAGGCUACUCUGUCUAAUUAGUAAGUUGCCUGGACAUAAUAGAUAAAAUACUCCAUUCCUGGAUAUAAAAGGGAUUUAUUUUAGAGUUGUUGUUCCUGAUAGAUAUUUUAAUGGAAUAGUCCCCACAUGGAUACACCAAUAGUUUCUUUAACAUUGACAACCAAGAGCUUUCCGAAAGUUACUUCCCUUCAAUCAUUUACACGACCGUAUUCCAAGAAAGGUAGAAACCCAGAGCCUUUGGAGUCAUGGGAGUGUUCUUUGUAAUAUCUGUUAUUUGAUAUGAAAGGUUUUUGAAACUGAUAUCAAAUUGCUCUGAUUUUUGAAAAAAAGGUUUCAAGCAUAUAUAUCUAUUUUUCCCCCGAAAAAAAAAUCCAACUU